AUGACAACCGCGGCGCGGAUUUGCAUCUUCCUCUUCCUGCUCUUCUACCCGAUCGGCGGAGAGCGCGCCAAGGAGCAAAUGUGCCCAAAUGACAUCUGUCAUCUCAAGCGGAGCUUCGACGAGUUCAUGGGGCAGCUCAACUGCUUUGCCUUUGACGGCGAUGAAACCGGCUACCGUUUCAGCAAAGUCGAGUACGCAUACCGUAAAACAUACGUCAUCGAAGUGGAUGGCCGAGAACGAAUCCGUAACGAACAAGUGCGAUGCUACGACCCAUUCUACGAUCUCGGAACUCUGACCAACGCAUCGUUC